AUGCCUUCGCACAAAGACUCCUUUUCCUCGCUUUCGACCAGGCGGCGUGAGGCCUCACGAAAUCGCGAAUCCGUGUCGCUUGCAUCCCGCCAGUUCCAUGUGGAUGAGAACGAGACCGAGAUGUUCUCUGGAGCAGCGUCGCACGUGAUUCCCUCAUCGAUCUCUUCAUUCCAUCAUAAUCUACCGCAGCCGUUUCCCUCGCCGGCUAUUUCCAGUGUCGCCCUACAAGACGAUUUUGGCGAGCUGGAGAAUUUCUCGUUGCACCGUGUGGACUCAAAUGCGAGCACCGUUGAAUUCCAGGAGCGGGCCAAGUUCAAGUUCUUCACUACACAGCAGAUCGAAGAGGCCAAGGGGGCUUCGUCCCAGCUGCACAAUCCAGAAGGAAUGCUGGUUGAUUAUGAUACCAAUUGGAACACCUACGACGAUGAAUUACAUCACAGAAGUAUGUCCGUGCAGUACCCGGCUGUCUCCAUCCAUAGCAAUACCGAACUGGCUUCUAUUCCAAUAACCAGCUACGGAUCGAUGCACACGAGCGAGGAGGAACUAUUUCCGGAGGAGUAUCCGGACGAGGACGGCGAUCUUUCUUCAGAGCAUGACGAGUGGGAUUCCAAGUCUGGAGUUUGGGCGGAUGUCAAACACCACGAUAAACUGUUUGGGGCCAAAUUUCCAGCUAAAAACACGAGCCAGCGAUUCUACCUUGCGGAGGAAGACCUUGUGAUUGGAAUCGCAGGCUACUCCAACUCGUACUUGAAGCUAGCAGCAUAUUAUCUAUUUAUCAUUCUGACCUUAGGACUCGGGUAUCUGGGGCUUCGCUGGUUUCCAAGAUACCGCAUUCAAAUGAUGGGAAAUGCCACUCCGCUGGCCAAGGCGCAGUGGGUCGUUGUGGAGGAUGAAUUUGGUGUGCUGGACAUCAUCAAUGUGAAUAGACACUGGUACAACCGCUCGCUGUCAUCCUUUCUCACAAAGUCCAAGUUUGACGACAAAGACGAUUACGAUCUGGACAACACUGACCCUCUGGUUCCAAUUCUGAUUUCGUUUGAGUAUAGAUAUAUGAAAUUCUUCUACGAUCCGCUGGAAGACAUCUACAAGCUGGCAAAUAGCUGGAUCGACCCAAAAUGGUGCCAUUUUCCAGAGAGCAAGACAGGCUUGUCCGAAGACCUGUACCAAAGCAGGUCCCUCAUUUUUGGCGAAAACCUCAUCGACAUCAAGGACAAGUCGGUAUUCCAGCUGCUGACCGACGAGAUUCUUCAUCCAUUCUAUGUGUUUCAGGCAUUUUCGAUUUUGCUAUGGCUUGCUGACAGUUACUACUACUACGCAUUCUGUAUUUUCAUUAUAUCCGUCUUUUCCAUCGCAGAGUCGCUUAUUGAAACAAAGACAACCAUCACGCGCAUGCGUGCUAUUUCGAGGUUUGAGUGCGACGUGCGAGUUUGGAGAAGUGGCUUCUGGAAGGAGAUCAACUCUAAAGAACUGGUGCCAGGAGACGUUUACGAGGUUUCCGAUGCGUCUCUUCAUUACUUCCCCUGUGACGCAAUUUUACUUUCGGGUGACUGCAUCGUGAACGAGUCCAUGCUGACAGGCGAGUCGGUUCCUGUGUCCAAGUUGCCAAUUUCGCCAGAGACAGCCGCAGAUCUGAGAAGUGAGUUUGCCAGCACCAAGUUCUCUCCUCAGUUAGCCAAGUCUUUUCUGUAUUCGGGAACGAAGAUCGUCAGAUGCCGUUACGCCAGCAACGGAGACGAGCCAGCAAUGGCCCUUGUUGUGAGAACUGGUUUCAACACCACUAAGGGCUCAUUGGUGAGGUCAAUGCUCUUCCCCAAACCAAGCGACUUCAAGUUUUACCGGGACUCCUUCAAGUAUAUUGGUGUCAUGACGGUUAUUGCAUUGAUUGGUUUUGUGGUUUCUGCUAUCAACUUCGUCAAGCUCGGGCUGGGGUGGAAAACAAUCACUUUGCGCGCAUUGGAUCUCAUCACAAUCGUUGUUCCGCCUGCAUUACCAGCAACAUUAACAAUCGGUACCAGCUUUGCACUUUCGCGAUUACGGCAUAAAAGCGUGUUUUGCAUUGCGCCUACACGGAUAAACGUUGGAGGAAAGCUGGACGUCAUGUGCUUUGACAAGACUGGAACGUUGACGGAGGAAGGUUUGGACUUGAUGGGAGUUCGCGUUUCAGAGCCGAUCCGCGACCGCAAAGAGCGCCAUUUCACCGACCUAUAUGCACAUGUGGACCAGCUAUUUGGUGCUGCAGCUAGUCCCCAGGCCUACGAGCUGUUCCUGACGAUGCUUACUUGUCAAUCUUUGAAAAAGGUGGAAGACGAAAUUGUUGGAGAUCCUUUAGAUGCAAAGACAUUUGAGUUCACAAAUUGGGACAUGAUCGAGAAUUCUGUGGACGACGAAGUCUUGAACGAUUUUGUUGCCAGACACAAAUUCAGCGGCAACGUUUCGCCUGUUCUUUUCCGCCCUAAGAACAAGCUCCAAAAUAAUACAUUAUUUGUGAAAUUGCGCGAGUUUGAAUUUGUGUCGCAACUAAGACGGAUGUCGUCAAUAUGUCAGUCGCUAAACAAUCCAGCUCUGUUCAAUGUUUUCGUGAAAGGUGCACCUGAAGUGAUAGAGGACUUGUGUUUCCCAGAGACAAUUCCAGCUAAUUAUCGAGAAUUACUUCAUGAAUACACCCACAAUGGCUACCGUGUGAUUGCUUGUGCUACCAAGACUAUGAAAAAGCCAAACGCAGCCAACUUGACCGAUCUGGAGUUUCUGAAUGAGCUUCCACGUGAAAAGUGCGAGUCGGAGCUGGAAUUCAUCGGCUUUUUGAUUUUCGAAAACCGUCUGAAGAGUUCCACCAAAAGCUCUUUAAAACACCUUAAAGAUGCCGAGCUGCGCACCAUCAUGUGCACGGGGGACAACGUUCUCACUGCUGUCAGCGUCUCUCGAGAGUGCGGCUUGGUCGACCCGGGCUGCAAAGUCUACAUUCCUUCCUUUGAAGAGUACGAGGACAAUCAGAGGAUCCCGAUUGUCUGGACUGAGGUCGACGACCCGGAUUCUCAACUGGAUCCCGUCAGUCUGAUACCGCUGGAUAUCAACCGCACAGACGAUUACUGCAUAGCCGUUACAGGAGAUGUGUUCAAGUAUAUUCUGACUGAAUUGAGCGAUCAUGAACAGCUGAUUGAGAAGAUGUUGAUGAAGGGCGCCGUUUUUGCCAGAAUGUCUCCUGAUGAGAAGCAUGAGCUUGUUGAUCGGCUCAAAUCGUUGGACUAUACCGUGGGCUUCUGUGGAGACGGGGCUAAUGAUUGCGGAGCACUAAAGGCGGCAGAUGUUGGAAUCUCGUUGAGCGAAGCAGAAGCGUCUGUGGCAGCUCCAUUCACGUCGAGAAUAUUUGAGAUCUCGUGUGUUUUGGACGUCAUCAAAGAAGGCCGGGCCUCUUUAGUGACGAGUUUCUCAUGUUUCCAAUUCAUGUCCUUGUACUCGGCCAUCCAGUUCAUUACGGUCACCAUAUUGUAUAAGGAGGGCACCAACCUUGGAGAUUUCCAGUUCUUGUAUAUCGACAUGUUCCUGAUCAUCCCCCUUGCUGUGUUCAUGGCCUGGAGCAAGCCUUUUGACAAGCUGUGUGCAAAACGGCCUACUGCAAACCUGAUGUCGCCUAAAAUACUGAUUCCCUUGCUCGGAAACAUCUGCGUUUUACUCAGUUUCCAGUUUUCUAUAUGGAGAUCGCUGAAGAAAGCCGACGACGGCUGGUAUAUGCCUCCUGUUCCCGGUGACGACGAUCAGGUCCAAUGCUCUGACAACACAGUACUGUUUCUUUUUGCGAACUUCCAGUACAUCAUGGUUGCAAUGCUGCUGACAGUCGGUCCUCCGUACAGAGAGUCCGCUGCUAAAAAUUACCCCUUCAUGACUACAGUUUUCACCACUUCGAUCCUGUCUGCUGCACUGAUGUAUCUUGAUAACACCAGUUGGUUUGGAGAUCUGAUGGACAUCACCUGGACACCCGAAAGCCUCAAGAUAAGUCUGUUAGUGGCUGCUUGUGCCAACUACCUAAUAUUACUCGGUGCCAACAAAUAUUUAUUUGGUCGCCUGUCAAAGCUCUACAAGCGCAUGUUUGGCCAUCGCACAAGCAAGAAACGGUUCAAGAACCUUCGAAAAGAGUUCAAAGUGCUAUGUUGA